AUGAGAAACCUCUUAUUGUUGCGUAAGUUUGCGGAGUUAUGUCUUGGAUGUCGAGCAAGAAGAAAUUGAUUUUUUCGGGUGUUCAGGGGCGGAAAUCAUGAAGCGUUUUGAUGUCUGGAGAAAGUUUAAAACGUAUUCUUGCUGGAUGAAUGUGUUUGAAGGCCAAUUUUUGAAUUUUUUAUUGCCUUUCGGCAAAAAUAAUAUCUGCACUGUGCAGGUACCUAAAAUAUUAUUUUUGUUGCUGUUUUGGGUGAAAUCUCAGGGAGUCUGGUAGUCUAAAGGAAUAUCAGGAAGACUGCAUUCUUUUUAUUGUGUUUUUACCCCAGAUUUUAUUGUUUUAGUCUGUUCUUUCAUCUAAAGUUAUAUCUGCACAGUGCAGACGCCUAAAUUAAUAUUUUUUCGGGUGGAAAAUUAUUUUUACUGAAUUUUUACGGCAUUUUCAGUUUCCCUAUUGUACCUCGGAGUGAUUACAUGCCGUGCAUCGUUCGCUCAAGGUAAUCUCCAGUUGGUUUUCCGGGCACGAAGUGGAAAAUCGACCGAAAACCGCCCAUUGACCGACAACUUGACCGCACUUUGGUAAGUAAAAUCUUCUCUGAUAUUGCUUAGCUCUAUUUUUCAACUUUCCAGCUCAAAGUUUUCCGAAAGAUUUUAGUUUUUGGCGACUUUUUGUUCAUCCUCUCACCUAGUACAACAUAAAUUUAAAUUUCAGGUGUCAAGCCGUUGUGAAGGGCUCAGAUGGCGACUAUGUGAAGUUGCCGAUCCAGAACGCCAGUUUCCUGCAUUUCAGCCCCAACAAAAAGUUUAAUGCAAGAGUGGAGAACCGACGAGCCUAUCUGGACCUGGGGAAACAAAAUUUGUAUGUGGCUGGGAAAUACAAGUGCGAGAUCAAGACAUCCGAAGAGGAAAUGGUGCACGGGAACUUGUUCAUUUAUCGUGAGUUUGUUUGGCCAAUUCGGAGAGGUUUGAAUGCGAUUUUUUGAGGAUUUUUGAGAGUUGGGACCUUAUUUUAGAUGGGGGUUGUGAAAAUCCUCAUAACUUGGUGUUUUUGCAUCAGAACUGAGUGGAAUAUGGUAUUAAAAUGUAGAAAGGGGCCUGACGAUUCUUUUGGUUACUAUUUUUUCUUCUUGGAUUACUGUAAUUUUUUUAAAAAUUCGGUUUUUGUGAGUUGGGACCUUAUUUUAGAUGGGGUUUUGAAAAAUCCUCAUAACUUGGUUUUUUUGCAUCAGAACUGAGUCGAAUAUGGUAUUAAAAUGUAGAAAGGGGCCUGACGAUUCUUUUGGUUACUAUUUUUUCGUCUUGGAUUGCUGUAAUUUUUUCAAAAUUCCAUUUUUGUGAGUUGGGACCUUAUUUUAGAUGGGGAUUCGGAAAAUCGCCAUAACUUGGGGGUUUUGGAUCAGAACUAAGUCGAAUAUGGUAUUAAAAUGUAGAAUAGAGCCUGAUGAUCCUUCUGGUUGCUACUUCUUUUUGCGGAAUACUGUAAUUUUUUCACAAUUUCAUUUUCAGUCCGGCCCGUUUUCCACACAAAUUCCUCAUUCCGAUUGGAGCUGAAAGACGACGACAACCUCUUCGAAUUCAAUGGCCCCUCGGCCAAGGCGGUUCGAGGGACCACUGGUGUUCUCGAUUGUCCAGCUCGCGGCUACCCGCACCCCGACAUUCGAUGGUUUAAGGAUGGGGAAUACAUCGAGCCCUCGGACAAGUACAAGAUCUACCGGAAUCAGUUGUCGAUCUUCAAUGUCGCCGACGAAGACGAGGGCUUGUAUCGGUGUGUGGCGUCAAAUGAAUUUCCGGUUCAUCUGGAUGCCGAGCCCACCAAGUUCGACCUUGUACUUGAUCAACAAUUGAGAGUUACGGGUGAGUUGAGGCAAUUUUUUGCGAUUUUUGAUGUUUUUAUGAAUGGAAAUGAUGUAAAACGCCCCGGGGUUGGACGAUUGGGGAAAGAGACGAUUGGUGAAAAAGAUGAUUGGGGAAAAAGACGAUUGGGGAAGCCGAAAAAUAUUAUUUUUCUUCGAUGCAAGUGUCGAAAUUAGGAUAGUCGAGGGUGCUGAUUUCGAAAAAAUGAUUUCCUUAAGUAAGGAUCAAAAAAAAUGAAUGUCAUUUCGAAAUCAGCACCCUCGAUUAUCCUAAUUUCGACACUUGCAUCGAAGAAAAAUAAUACUUUUCGGUUUCCCCAAUCGUCUUUUUUCCCAAUCAUCCAACUCCGGACGUCACACGCCCACCGCCCGUAAUUUUUGGACAGAUUUUUUCGAUUUCCUCUAACAAGGGAAUGGUCCCAACGAUCCGUGGGAUCCGCAAAUGAAACCUAGAUAUUCUGAAAGAGCAGGUAAAAUUUAGUAGGAAUCCGUUUUUUCUACUUGCCGAAUAAGUCUGUGCGACGAGAAAUAUCGACGAAAAGAGCCGACCAAAAAAUCGAAAGAGAGAAAAGAGGAACCGAAAGGACUUGGAAGGCGUCACCAAAUAGUCUAGUGGAAAAAGUUCCACGCACAAAUCUUUUGGGGGAGGGAGGCCUUGGAGGUUCGAGCCCACCCGGAGCCGGACAUCUCCGGAUUUGAACCUACGUGUUCAUUACUGUAUUCUACAGUUAACAAAAAAAAAUUCUUUUUUGUUUAACCUGUUUUACAAGGUUUUUUGCAUCCGAAGGCGCGGAAAUCACUGGCCAUUACCUCUUUUUAUGAUGCCGCCAGGUCCGAAGUUCCAAAGAAGACAAAUUUAUGCAAAUUUAUACCUUCCGGACAGAAUUUGACAAAAAUAAUUUGGGCGUUUGUUAAACACAUGUCCACGGCCAUUUUAAACCAAAAAACUCAAAAUAGAUUUUUUCGUAAAUAUUCACGGGGUCUAUGCAAGGACCCAAAAAUUCUCUUUUCAACUUUUCUUGCAAAAUUUUUAUGAAAAGGUGAGAUUUUGGCAACAUCCUUUUUGGGAAACCGAAAAAGAUCUGCAAGAUCCUAUACAACCUUCCAGAAUCGAGUAGAAGUGUCUUGAAAAUACCACUAUGUCGACAUCGGGCUUAUCAAAAAUAUUGCCGAAGUGUCAACUUUUCUUAAAAUUUUGCAACAAACCUUGCAAAACAUGUCAAUAAACAAAAAGAAUUUUUUUUUGUAUAACUGUAGAAUACAGUAAUGAACACGUAGGUUCAAAUCCGGAGAUGUCCGGCUCCGGGUGGACUCGAACCUCCAAGGCCUCCCUCCCCCAAAAGAUUUGUGCGUGGAACUUUUUCCACUAGACUAUUUGGUGACGCCUUCCAAGUCCUUUCGGUUCCUCUUUUCUCUCUUUCGAUUUUUUGGUCGGCUCUUUUCGUCGAUAUUUCUCGUCGCACAGACUUAUUCGGCAAGUAGAAAAAACGGAUUCCUACUAAAUUUUACCUGCUCUUUCAGAAUAUCUAGGUUUCAUUUGCGGAUCCCACGGAUCGUUGGGACCAUUCCCUUGUAAGUUUUUCGGCGAUUUCAGGAAGCCUGGACUGGCUGGUCCCACUGAUCGUGAUCAUCAUCAUCCUGAUCCUGCUGUUCGUGGUCAUCUAUUCGUGCGCCUACUGGAAGAAGCGCGCCGGCCGCAAGAGCUACGACGUCGCCAAGGAAGAGUUGGGUGGAAUUCCACCGACGGUUGUUAAACGAGUUCAUUAUUGCAGGAAAAACGCGCACAACUCCGAGCAUCAGCGCCUCCGCGACGACCAGGACUAA